AUGAUCGAGUACGUUGACAUCGCAGGGCUGGUGAGGGGGGCUUCCAAAGGAGAAGGCCUCGGCAACCAGUUUCUGGGCAACAUCCGCAAUGUAGACGCCAUUGUGCAUGUCAUUCGAUGUUUCGAUGACGACGAUGUCACUCAUGUGGACGGCUCCGUGGACCCCGUCCGAGACAUUGAGACGAUCAGCUUAGAACUGAUUUUUGCAGAUGCUGAUCAGUGCACCAAGCGGCUGAAGAAAGUUGAGAGAGAGGUGGUGGGCCAGGUCAAAGGUGCGAAGGAAGAGAAGCAGGCCUUGGAGAAGGUUCUGGUUGCCUUGGAGGAAGGCACGCCAGCGCGAGCAGCAGGCUUGUCUGAACAGGACUUGGAGGCCUUGAAGACGCUUUCGCUGCUAUCUUUGAAGCCUGUCAUCUAUGCUGCCAAUGUUGCGGAGGAUGACCUCGCAGAGGGAAAUGAUUAUGUCAAGGCUGUACAGGGCUAUGCGGCUGAAGCAGGGGACCAGGUGGUGGUCGUUUCUGCGCAGGUUGAGGCAGAACUUAAGGGCCUGGAUGCUGAAGAGCGAGCAGAUUAUUUGGAGUCUUUGGGAGUGAAGGAGAGUGGCUGCGGGAGCUUGGUACAGGCCACCUACAGGACCCUUGGUUUACGAACCUACUUCACCUGCGGGCCAAAGGAGUCUCGCGCGUGGACCAUCCAUGAAGGCUGGAAGGCACCAAAGGCUGCCGGGGUCAUCCAUACGGACUUCGAGAAAGGCUUCAUCAAGGCUGCUACCGUGAGCUACAACGACUUCGUGGAGUGUGGCUCCGAGGAGGCAGCAAAAGAGAAGGGAAAGCUUCGGAUCGAAGGGAAGGAUUACGUCGUUCAGAUCUUAGCCAUCCUGGAGUCCUAG